GAGAAAAAAAAAUGGUCUGGGAGCAAAACAUCAGUGCCUAAUUAAACAUAAUCUAAAAAGAUGUAUCUAGAAUGGUUUCUUCUGUAAUUAAGAUAAUUCUAGUUCAUCAAUGACUGCUGUCAAUCUUUACUUCACAUGUAUAUAUGCACCACUGUAAGAAAAAUACUCUCAGACAAAAUGAUGCUGUGUACGGCUAACUACAGACAGUUGAAAUGUUCUCCUUUAUCUUUACAAUUUUCUUUGCCUCUUCGCACCCAUAAGCCUGUAAAAUGCAGCUUAUCGUCUACAUUUGGAAGGAGGCAACUGCAACUUGCAUCUGCUGCCAUUUUUCUACUCUUCCCAAUAAAAGAUGUCAGGGCUAAUGAGCUUCCGAAAGCAUUGAACAAGUAUGUCAAAAAGAAAAAGUUGGAUCCACUUGAGACCUAUGUGCCUGCGAUAAUUCUGUGUCAAGCACAAUUCAAAGACAUAGACAAAGCUUUACAAUCUGACAAACCAAAAUAUGUUGAUAGUCGAUCUUUGUUGCGAUCUGGACCAGCUUCAUCUCUUCGUAUAAACAUUCGAGCGGUGGCACAAUAUGCAUCAGAAGCAGGGAAUGGAAAAGUAGCAUCAGAUGCAGUUGAUGAGUGUUUAAGUGCCUUGGAGGAUUUGGACUCUUUACUUCUUCGUGCUUCUAGAGAUGAUUUAAGAGCCUCAACCGAGGCAAUGAAAAUCAAGGUCAACACAGCAGUUGUUGCACUAGACAGGCUUUUACAAACAGUGCCAUCUUCAAUGCUGGACAAAGGGAAAGCCAUUGCAAGGGCUUAUCGAGAAACAAUCGACCCCACUUUGCAACAAGGAGGAGGGAAGGAAAAGCUGGAGCCUGAUAUUAAGCUCCUAGAAGAAAUUUUAUGAUAUGGGAAGCAUUCCAGUCAAUAGUAAUUAUCUGUAUACUUUAUAAGUGCAGACCAGGCCUGGAAUUAGGUCACCCCUGCUUGUCAUAUGAAAAUUUCAUGACAGAUUGGUUAUUUAACUACCUUUCAAUUGAUGUUCUAGGAAAAAAAUUAAACUCUAAAAAAUCACGAUGUAUCAAAAUUAAUAAAAAUGACACUUUUAAAAUAAAACAUUUAACACUUUUUCCCUAUUUUUGUAUAUAUAUACACUCUUAAAACAUAAGGGUGGUUGUCUAAUUGGGUGUCUGUUUAUUUCUUGUGUUAAUAGAAUUAUUCAAAAAUAUUAUUUUU